AUCCUGCCUCUUUCAUCCUCAUCUUGAGCUUCCGCUCAGCUGGUUCAUCCCUUAACACGUGUUCCAGCAUGCCCUCUAUUCCGAUCACUGUGACCACGACACCGGUCAGCAGUCAAAGAAAAGUGUGUUGCGCUUUACAUACGGAAUUUCUAUCUAGACAACCUGGAUUAUGCAAACUAGGAGAAUUGCUGUUUGGCGGCAUAUGCGUGGGGCUGAUGAUUACUUACGGAACACCAGUCUGGAUGACGUUGGGCAUUGCUUAUCCACUGUUUCUAGUCAAUUCUUCGGCCGCCCUCCUCUUUACAUCGGUCAGCCUAUUCUGUUACCUCAUAUCCGAGCACACAUACAGAGCUAUCAGAACAACAGUUCUUGAAAUUUUCCAGAACGCAACAGCGUCCGUCCUGUAUGCGGUUGGCUCGGGCUUCCUGUUGAUGCACACCUCGUUCUUCUUGUGGCCGAUGUACAUAAUCAUUCCUUACUUUCAGGCCUAUCCGGCUCUCAUGACUGCUGGGGUGUUUGGUUCUUUAUGCUCUUUUAUUCAUGCCAUCGAUGCCUAUUGUGCUUAUCGAACAUUCCGAAGUAUUCACUUUACUCGCUAAAAAAAGUCAGAAAGAAGUUGCAGUUUUCUCCUGCGUACAACUACAAAAUUCAUCUAAUUCUCCGAAACAAAUUAUUAUUAUAUUUAUUCUGUCUUAUUUAUUUUUAAUGCUUAUUCUAAUAAUCAAUUUUUCUUUUUGAUAUUGUUUUAAAAUCGAAUCGAAACGACGACGAAUUACGAUUUAUUGAAAUUAUUAACGAUCGAUUUUGUAAAAUAAACGAAUCUUAAAAAGUCUGAAACAAAAGAAGUAUAAAAUGAACUGACAAAUGCAGAAGGAAAAAGUAUUUAUAUGCAAACAAUACCUGAAAAAGUUAAAAGCUAAUUUUAUUUUCUUGAUAUUAAUAUUGCUAAUUAAAAUGGCAAACGAUCUAUAUGUUCAUUUUUAAUUGUAUUUUUAUUUUAUUUUAGCUAUGCCUCUUGAAUUUAUUAUAAAAAUUGAAUUAACUUCUCAUUGCCUAGUUAUUUGUUGAAUAUUGAGCUAAACUGCUUCAAAAAGGUUAAAAAUUUCUUUUCACUCUUUAUGUAAAAUUGCUUUUUUAAUUAUUAAACUGCCUUUUAAUUGCUAAAUUUUUUUAAUUACUAAACUGCUACUAAAAAGUUAUGCAGAUUUUUCUAUUGAGAAAUAGACUUCAUUAUGCAUUUCAAAACAAAUUUAUAAUAAUUUAUAAUAAUUAAUAAUUAAAUUUAUAAUAAAUUCCGUACUCUGUGUAGAAUAUAUGCAUUACACACAUUCUAUAUUACGGGUGUAUUUGAUGGAACUUAAGUGAAAACUGGUUGAUAUUUGUAGCUUGGCUGUCAUAAAACUUGUUCUAGAGUUUUAAAGCAAGUUAUAAAAAAAAUGUUACGUAUUUGCUGUGGUGAAUGAGUUAGUGUUAAAUAAUGCAUGUGUUUGCUGAAUUUUUCUGUGUGUUUCUAGUUUGAUACUAAUUAUUUAUUAUUUUGGAAUACAUUUGUA